GCUGUCUUCAUAUAUUCAGAGAACAUUGUUUGGGCAUCGUGGACCAAACUUCUCAAAAACGUCUGAAGACUUCAGAUUGGAUAAUGUUUUUGAGAGGAAUACAGUUUUUGCACCUGUUUCGCCCUAUACCUCCGUCCUGAAGGCAGAGGGAUUAGAUGGUCCUGGAGGGGGCUCAAAUGGAACGCACCGAGGAGGAGCUCCAGCAGAUGAUCCAGGAGAAACUGCAGAGAGUGGAGAACAUCUCACACAACAUCAGCCUAAGCAGAGAGCAGACCAGUCAGGACUUGCAGCAGAGUGAGCAGAUCUUCUCCUCUCUGAUGGCCCACCUGCAGAAGGUCCAGGAGGAGGUGGUGGAGCAGAUCCAGAGGACUCAAGAGCAGGCUGAGCACAGGGCCCACAGCCUUGUCUCCCAGUUGCAGCAGGAGGUCAAGGAGCUGCAGAGGAACAGGCAAGAACUGGAGUUGCUGAGGAAGUCACAGGACCAUCUCCAUCUGGUCCAGUGCUUCUCCACCCUGACCCUUCCGGCCCCCGCUCUCGGUUGCUCCAUGCCCAUCCACACGGACCCCUCCUUGGGCACAGUUAGGACCGCUGUGGCCCGUCUGGAGCAGGAGGUGCAGAAGAUUCUUAGACUGCUGUGUGAGCAAGAGCUGGAGCGGAUGCAGAAGUAUGCAGUGGACGUGACCUUUGACCCACAUACAGCUAACCCCUGGUUGGUAUUGUCUGAGGACCGCAGACGUGUGUGGGAUGGGGACCAAGAGCAGGUCCUGGAGCAGAGACCAGAGCGCUUUGACAUUGCCCCCUGCGUGCUGGGGGACAAGGGCUUCACCAGCAGAAGGCACUACUGGGAGGUGGAGGUGGGGGGUAAGACGGCAUGGGAUGUGGGCGUGGCUCGGGGGUCAGUUAGCCGGACGGGCAUGGUUACCCUGAGCCCAGACGACGGCUAUUGGACGGUGUGUCUGCGGAGAGGCAGGGAGUACUGGGCAUGUGCAGAGGCGAUGCUGCUGCCCCUCUGCCCUCCGUACCCCCGUGUCCUGGCCCUGUUUUUGGACCAUGAGCAGGGCCACGUGUCCUUCUACGAUGUGGAGGCCAGAGAGCACCUGUACUCCUACACAGGCUUCAGAUUCACUGAGGCUCUGUUCCCCUUCUUCAACCCAGAGACGAGCAGCAGCGGGGGGGAUAACACUGCUCCUUUAGUUAUACGGACCACCAGGAUACUGCAGAGAUAGAUGAUGUGGUGAUUUAAAGCAGACCUGUCACAAACUGCAGGGUCAUGUAGCUGCUCAUGGCCAUCUUCACAUGUCUCCAGGUGCCUGUCAUCAUGCCUUUCAGUAGCACCUGACCCAGACAAUUUAAACUCUAGUCUUUAAUUUAAUUCACUCCUUUGUUACUCUGCUUGCUUAUCCAUAUUGUAUAUAUUAUUUAGAAUUUGGAUGACUCCAUUCAUUUAUGUUUGUUGUAUUUGUUUUCCAGACAAUAUAACCACUCUCACGUGAACCCUAACCUUAUUCGUAAAUUUCUAGCUUCUUUCAGUUCAGGCUCCUUACUAAAGUUUUUUUUUUUUUUUAUGUGGCAUGAGUUCCCUUGUCCCAAGACUAAUUUCUCCUAAAGGAGAGAAUAAAUGCCAAUCUAAUCUCUAAUCUAAUCUAAAGUAAAGCCCUACCCUCCACAUGCAAAUUUUGAAAAAGCAAGCUACGCAUUUGUAACGUGGCUUCUGGAUUAUUGUAUUAUUUUGUUUGUGGGGCCGGACCAGGUCUCCCUGCAGUAUUUACAGAAUGUCCAGAACACUGCAGCUUGAAUGCUGAGAAAAACUAAGAUAUGCAAACUCAUCAUGCCUGUGCUGUGCAACCUGCACUGGCUCCCCAUUUCAUAUUGGGUGCAAUUUAAAAUGUUAUUGUGUUUAAAUCUAUGCACUCUGUGGGUUCAUCAUGUGAGCUGUAUAUUGUUUUGGUUUUGUUGGUUUCUUUGUGAAGUAAUUUGGUCAGCUGAAAUCAUUUUAAAUAGGCUAUAUAAAUAAACUUGAAGUGAAACAUUAA